UUGCAUUUCAAUGUCCAUCUUAUUUCAUUUUGUUUAAUAGUUUACAAGAAAGAAGAUGCUUUUGUCCCAAAGAUAUCUACAGAUGGUGACAUUUUUGUCCAUUUUUUUUCUUGUUUGGUUUGCAACAUGUCAAGAAACCAAAACUAAGAGAGGAGUGGCAGAAUUCCAGUUCUUGCAUAACAAAGGAAAUCUCCGUGAAGAGUUAAACCGACUGAUUUGGCUCCACCAAGCCAUGGGAGGAGUGCACACAGCCGUGGGCAGGGACAUCCCGCAGGCACACAUUGUGUGGACCUCACCAAAGAACCAAGACCUCUCCGAUCUCUCUGAUGGAACUGGCAGAGAAGAGUCUCUAGAGAUGAUGAAGCAACUGCUGCUGGGAUUGCUGGAGAAGGAAGAGCCUGUUGCUGUCCUCAGGAAAACAAACGUGUUGCAGUAUCUAAAGAAUGUAAAGGGUAACCAGGACCUGCAAGAUCUUUCUGACAUAUUUCAAGGUAGAGAUCAAGAUGGCAAAAGAAAUCUCAGCACCCAGACAUAGAUUUCCUGACCGAACCUAUUGCAGUCCAACUGCUACUUGAGAUAUAUACACUGAGGGAGAUCAAAAGAAAAUUUGAUUAACAAAGAAAAGGUGUGUUUGUGCCAUUUACUACUCCUUCGCAUUGUUGAAAGGCCAGAACAUUUCCCCCUUAUUCCAAUUAUUAAA